AUGGCGGAGCCGGAUCAGACGCACACGACGGCGACGGAGGCGCACACGGAGGAGACAGACACGGACACAACGGAUACGGAAGAAUCUGCGACGGACACGGACGGUGUGCCGGAGCUGACGCCGGAGGAGAUGGCGCGGCUGCUGGAGCCAGACCCGGAGCCCACGGCCGAGGAGAAGGCGCUGCAGGCUCUCCACCUCGUCCGCUGCAGGGACUUCACAGAGCACGACCCCAAGACGAACGCCUACGUCUGCACCCGCUUCUGCGGCUUCAACAUCGCCUUCUUCGACCUCGACCAAGAGUCUGAAGCGAUCCAUGGGCUGCCACUCCAAGAGCUAAGCAAUUCUCAGUGGAGGUCGAUUGUGGAAUCAUCCGUAAAUGUCCUUUCGUUGAAGCUGAUCGAAUCCGAUGUGGGCUACCCGAUCAACGUGUUUGGUACCGUGAUUGCGAGGGAUGAGGUCGACUACAAGUGUGUCUACCUGUUCCGGCGUGAAAGGGAUGAUUCCCAGUGCAUCGAGUCGCCGGAGGACAUGCUAACAUUGACAGGCCCAAGUCGAGGAUUGGUGGUAUCAGACAGAAUGUUUUUCGAGAUCAAUCUAAAGAUCAAGGGUGAUGCAACCACACACGACCGAGAUUUUAGCAAAGGUGUGAUAGAAUACUCGCGUCUCCCCCUUAUCUCUUCCAAGAGACCGGUGACUGAGCUGCUAACUAGCUGGCGGAGCAAGGUGGAAUUGGUGUUAGCGCCUGUUCCAUAUCCCGUGGCAGCUACACUCAAGGUCAAUAUUUUGAAUGGGUCGCGUGAUACCCCUUUCAACGGCAAAAUCACCGCUUGGACUACUGGAAAUGUCGAUGAUCAUAUCAUUCUAUAUGAACAUGAUGGUACUAACACCUCUAUGGGCACUGGGAAAUUAAUUGAAGACAGUGGCUCUGUUGUGUUAACUCGAAAUUUGGUUGCUGUCCCUGUCCCUGUCCCCAUCCCCCCAUUUGAUGAAGAUGAAGAAAUUGUGAUCAAUGUCUGUUUUAUUACCGGUAACGACGAGGAUGAACGCACCCUGGUCACUAUACAAUACCCUCAGGAGGAAAAGGUUUGCAACCACGGCCGGUAUGAGCUACAAGUUAAGGUUUCUUGGACAGCUAUUGUAAGGCGGCCGAUGAGCAAAGGUAUUCAUAGAAGAUGGUGUUCUGUGCCUAGGAAACCAUUAGCCUUCUAUGUGCAUCAACACAAGUUCUGUUGAAGUUUGUGGAGAUCAAAAGUUCAGUUGAAGAUCCCAUCUGUACAAGAGGUUGUCCAAUGUUGUGCACUGAAAUAGGCAGCUAGCUUAGGUUGAAACGCUUAUUUAAUAUAUUUA